CCAGCUGGUGGCCUGAGAGGCCGCCACCUCAUCUCUCACUGUGCGACUUUCUUUUCACUGUGUUUUCUUAGGGUUUAUGCGAUCGCGCUCUUCUUUGCGGGAGAUUUGCACGUCAUUCCAGCUGCCGAUCGGCGAGUUUCUCUCACAGAUCAGAGAUUAGGGACUGCCAUGGCGUCGGAGGAUCUACAUUCGGAGCUCGUGAGGCUGUGGAACGAGCACGAGAGGGUUCUGUGCCAGAGGGGCGUCCCCUCAGGGAUCCAGGAGCUCCUCAACUCCGCCUUUGCGAAGAUCCCAGUUUCUUACUUCCCGGACGUGCCGUCUGGCGAAGUCGUGGAGAUCGCAGCUGAUACAACCAUCGCCGACACCGUUCGAAUUCUCUCGGAGAAGAACAUCUUCUCGGCACCCGUGAAGAUCCCAGACGCCGACGCCAAGGAGCGCUGGUCCGAGCGUUACUUGGGGAUGGUGGACUACUCGGUGAUCAUCCUCUGGGUGCUGGAAAAGGCCGAGCUUGCUGCCACCGCUCUAGCCUCCGGCUCGGCAGCAGCGGCUGGAAUGGGAGCCGGCGCUGUUGGAGCUCUCGGAGCUCUGGCGCUCGGAGCCACAGGACCCGGAGUUGUCGUGGGACUCACUGCUGCUGCCGUGGGUGCCGCCAUAGCUGGUGGUGUGGCUGCGGACAAAGGACCUGGAAAGAAUGCUUCCACUGCGGCGGACUCUCUCGGCGAGGAUUUCUUCCGGGUCAUUCUCAACGAAGAGCCUUUCAAGUCCACCAAGGUCUGGGAGAUCACGAAGUCGUUUCGAUGGGCUCCGUUUCUGCCCGUGCAACCGGACGACACCAUGCUGACGGUUCUGUUGCUGCUGUCCAAGUUUCGGCUCCGGAGCAUCCCGAUCGUGGACAAGGACCAGCCGACGGUGAAGAACUUGAUAACUCAGUCGGCUGUUGUCAAGGGCCUGGCGAUGUGCCGCGGACGUGACUGGUUCGACUUCAUUGCCGACAAGAGUAUCUUUCAACUGGGACUGCCUCGCAUGACCCCGGACCAGGUGGUGUCGAUUGAUGCAGACAAGUUGGUACUCGACGCCUUCGUGCUCAUGCGCGAGAAGAACGUUGGCGGUCUGCCGGUCGUGAAAGGCGAGCAGAAGGAACUGGUUGGAAACAUCAGCAUGCGGGACAUCCGGUUCUUGUUGCUUCAACCCGAGCUUUGUUCCAGGCGGAGGGAGUUGACGGUGUAUGAUUUCAUGCACAGCGCCAAGUCGUCCACUCACGACCCCCAUCCAGCGCUGAUGAUGCCGCCGAUAACUUGCGAGGAGAGCACCAGCCUGGGCGAGGUGAUCGACGUGCUCUCCACGAAAGGCAUCCACCGCAUCCACAUCGUGGACGACAAGCAACGCAUCGUGGGUGUGGUGACUUUGCGCGACAUCAUCUCCUGCUUCGUGACGGAGCCCGACAACUACUUCAAUAACUUUGGCAGCGUCCUUGCGAGUAGCAUCGCCGAGGCUACUACGUGAGAUGUCGGCUGGGCAACUUCCUCGCUUUGUUUCUUCUUCCGGACUUCUUUCGGCUGGUGAGUGCGUAGUCCCCACUGGUAGUCCGGUUCUCAAUCAUCUUCCAGUUACAGGGCGUGACUGCCAAAGCAAAAGAUUAAAAAAAAUUCUAGAGAGCUUGCUUUUGAAAGUACCUUCUCGAUCCUCCAUGUAAGUUCACGAGAAACUUGCUGUUGAUACAAGAAUUGUUGUCUCUUUCA